AUGGAGCUACUACAGGAGACACUCAGUGGCCGCUUCUCUAGUCUUCUUCUUCUUGUCGCUGCCGUUUGUUCGCCUGCUGCUGCAGCAGACGACGUACUCGUCUUCACGGACUCUAAUUUUCAAUUGGAGAUAAGCAGAUAUCCUGUUAUUUUAGUGAAAUUCUACGCACCUUGGUGUGGACAUUGUAAACAACUGGCUCCAGAAUAUGAAAAAGCUGCAUCAAUUCUAAAAAGGGCGGAUCCUUCCGUACCUCUUGCCAAGGUGGAUUGCACUGUUGAGACCGACACAUGCUCCAGGUAUGGGGUCAGUGGUUACCCCACUUUAAAAAUUUUCAAAAAUGGAGAAUAUUCAAAGGAUUAUGAUGCUGAGAGAGAAACAGACGCAAUUGUGAAGAAAAUGAACAGAGAGGCGGGCCCUGUCUCCAAAAAGCUGGAGACUGUUGAAGAUGCUCAAAGAUUCAUCAACAAGGACUCUAUUGGUGUCAUUGGUUUCUUUGAGUCGGAGAACAACAAUGAAGCCAAAGCUUUCCUCAAGGUUGCAGACCAUUACUCCUUUAUUCGAUUUGCCCAUACCACAAGUGAGGAUAUUAAGGAGGAAGUGAACAUGACAAAACAAGGUGUCAUUUUAUACAGACCCAAAAUUAUGCAGAAUCCGUUUGAAGAAUCAGAGGUUAGAACCACAGAAACUGGCACGGUUAAGCUGAAGAAUUUUCUGGAAACUGAAGGACUUGGUCUAUGCGGUGAGCGAACUCAAGCCAAUGCUGAGUACUUCAAGUACCCAAUAAUUGUUGCCUACUAUAAUGUGGACUAUGCCAGAAAUGCAAAGGGCUCAAACUACUGGAGAAAUAGAGUCAUGAAAGUUGGUAAAAAGUUGAAGGAUGAAGGAGCCAGAAUCUACUUUGCUAUCAGUCAUGUUGACGAGAUGAGUAGAGAGCUUGAUGAGUGUGGCAUUGAGGACAGAGGAGGGGACAAACCAGUCGUGUGUGCCUGGCAGGGCAAGUUUCAGAAGUUUAGAAUGGAUGACUCAUUCAGUGUUGAAUCAUUUGAGCAUUUUGUCCGGGGCUUUCUAGCUGGCAAAAUUGAACCUUACGUCAAAUCGGAGCCAGUGCCUGUUUCAAAUGAUGAACCUGUCAAGGUUGUGGUGGCUAAGAACUUUGAUGACAUUGUGAACGAUGAGACAAAAGAUGUUCUUAUUGAGUUCUAUGCCCCCUGGUGUGGCCACUGUAAAAGCUUGGCUCCAAAGUAUGAAGAGGUGGCAAGAAAGUUACAAAAGGAGCAAGAUAUUAUCAUAGCUAAAAUGGAUGCCACUGCAAAUGAUGUGUCUUCUCCUUAUGAAGUCUCCGGGUUUCCAACAAUUUAUUUUGCUGCCAAGGAUCGAAAGAGCUCUCCCAAGAUAUAUGAUGGAGAGCGAGAAGUAGAUGAUAUAAUCAAGUUCCUGGCCAGAGAAGCCACCGAUCCCCUCAGUGGUUACGACAGAGACGGCAACAAGAAGUCAAAGAAGAAGAAGAAAGUUGAAAACAUUGAGUUAUAA